AUGUCGAAUUUAAAAAACGGCUUCAGUAACGGAAAUGUUAUUAACGAGGUACCAGUCACAGGUGACUUGAAGUUUAGAAUAGAGAACGAUAUUUUGAUCGGCGAGGAGGCGCCGAUCCAUAAGAAAUGCACGAAUGUCGGAGCGUUGGUGUUGGAGAAGCUGAAAAGCAGGCCGGAGUUUAUCGCGCAGGUGGAAGCGGUUACCGGCGCAGAGACCACUUUCGCGGAAAUGACGGAGAAAAGCGUAAAAUGCGCGCUGUGGCUGAGAGAGCAGGGUGUUCAGCCGGGUGACAUAAUCGGCAUUUGCACUCACAAUCAUCUGGAGUCAUACGUACCGUUGCUCGCGGCGCUCUACCUCGGCGCCAUUAGCAACCCAUGGGACAACGAACUUUCUCCGACGACCGCGCGUUAUUUCCUCUCGCUGACGAGGCCGAAAAUAGUGUUCGUAAACGGCGAGUCGGCUGAGUGUCUGGCGCAGGUCGUCAAAGAGAACAAUAUGGACACCAGGCUGGUGACGUUCGAUGACUCGGCCGGACCGGCCGUGCCAACAUUGACGGCUGUUCUGCGCUCCCAGGACACCGGGCGGAUUGACGAAUUCGAGUGCGCGAAGCUGACCGACCCCGGCCACAUCGCCACGAUCGUCUGCUCGUCGGGCACCAGCGGCUUCCCGAAGGGCACCGAGAUCAGUCACGCGGCCAUGAUCAAUUAUAUGGCCCACGUCAAGAUUCACGAUCUCAAGGGACACGUGUCCAUGUGGACGCCGUCUAUGAGAUGGUACUGCGGCCUGUUCAUCAUCAUCAAGGCGAUUCUGGAUUACUCCAAGAGAAUCAUAGUGCCGGAUGACGAUAACGACGAGGGCCUCUGCCGGUUCAUCGAGAAAUGCGAUUCCUGCUUCCCUAUUCGGCUGGUGAAGUUCGGCGUAUUAAGCAAGUACCGACUACCAACAUUGAAAAUCCUUUUGUUCGGCGGUUCGCAUUUCAAGGGGGAGCUGCAGCAGACGCUGGUGAAACUUUUGCCGCACACCAAUGUCAUACUAAGUUACGGAAUGACGGAUUAUGGUGGAUUAUGCGCCCGUCAGACGAAAUACAGUAAACCAGGCAGCUGCGGAUUUGUGUGCGAAACAGGACGGCUGAAAGUGGUCGAUCCUAACACGGGAAAGGUCUUGGGGGCCAACAAAACCGGAGAAAUAUGGGCCAAAUCGUCGUACAUGAUGAAUGGAUACUACAACAAUCCUGAGGCCACGAAGAGGGCUCUCGAUUCGGACGGAUGGUUACAUACCGGCGAUCUUGGUUACUACGACAACGACGGCGAAAUCUUCCUCGUCGACAGAAUGUCGGAAUUCAUCAACUACAGAUCUAUUAAGAUAUCGCCCGCGGAAAUCGAAGCUUUGAUUCAGCAACAUCCUGCAGUUCUCCAAGUCUCUGUUGUGCCAAUGCCGCAUCACGUCGAUGAGGAACACGCCAUGGCUUUUGUCGUGAAGGUACCCGGCAAAGAGGUGACGGAGCUCGACAUAACCGACUUGGUGAAGCGGAACAUGCCGUGGUACUGCAGGUUGCAUGCGGGAGUUAAAUUCAUGGAAAGGCUGCCUCGCACAGCCACCGGAAAGAUCGCCAAGAAGGAGCUCAAACAAAUCGCCAAGAGUUAUGCGACGAACUGCUGCCGAGAGACUUUUAGAGACAUGGCGAUGAGCAACGGAGAAAAAGCCGACGAGUAUGCACCAUCGUUCAGAAUCGAGGAGAACGUAUUGAUUGGUACGGAGGAAACUCAUCCAGUAUGCGCGAACGUCGGGGAGCUAGUUCUCAAUAGGUUAAGCAGUAAGCCGGAUUUCGUCGGACAGGUAGACGCCUACACGGGGAAAGAGUGCACUUACGCGGAACUGAGAGAACGGAGCAUCAAGUGUGCUCUGUGGUUAAGAAAGCACGGCAUUCAGAAAGGUGAUUAUAUCGGCAUAUUGACUGAGAAUCACUUGAACACAUGUGUGCCGAUAUUCGCAAGUUUAUACAUCGGCGGUGUGAUCUGCCCGUGGGAUCACGUAGUACCGAAACUAUCUGCGCGGUAUUUCCUCUCAAUGACGUCCCCGAAGGUGGUUUUCGUGAACGAGGAAUCUACCGUGAAUCUGGUGGAAGCUGCGAAGGAGGAAAAUCUCGAAGUGAAAGUUGUGGUUAUCGGCAGUAUGCCAGGGUUCGUGUCCCUGGCGGACAUUCUUGAGGAACAGGUCGGCCGCGCGGAGAUCGACGGCUUCUGCUGCACGAAAAUCGAUAAUCCUCACGACUUGGCGAUGAUCUGUAGCUCUUCCGGCACCACGGGUAUGCCGAAAGGAGCCGAGUUGUCUUACGCGUCCCUUUACAACAGUAUCACUCCCGUCGAGGAGAUUCACCUGAAGAACGAGAUAUGCGCAUGGGUGCCCACGAUACGAUGGCAUGUCGGACUCACUCAGUGUAUCGAGAUCAUUAUGUCGGACGCCAAAUGGGUCGUUUUCUCGGAUGAUAACAUCAAUGAAAUUUCGCUGUGCGAAAUCAUUCAGAAACACGAAGUGACAUGGCUUGGAAGUGACACUAGCUUUCCCAUAUUUUAUAUCAAAAUGAAUAUGUUCCAAAAAUAUCCUCUACCGUCCCUAAGGAAAAUGGUAGUCUCAGGGGCACCUUUUACAAAGGAAUUUCACAAAGUAAUCGCGAAAAUUAUGCCACAUACUCAAAUAUUACAAUGUUACGGACUGACAGAUGCUGGCGGCUUGUGCGUGAGUCAAGCAAAAAAUAGCAAGCCGGGCUCCUGUGGCUUCGUCACUAAAGGCGUACGAAUCAAGAUAGCCGACGAAAAAACUGGGAUAGCUCUAGGGCCUAAUAAGAAAGGCGAAAUCUGUAUCAGGUCAGAAUUUAUAAUGAGUGGUUAUCACAAAAAUCCGGAACAAACUGAGGAAGCCCUCGACUCGGAUGGUUGGUUGCACACCAAAGAUAUAGGAUAUUACGACGAGAAGGGCGAGAUUUUUUUCGUUAACAGAAUUUCGGAUUUCAUUAACUACAAAACAAUUAACCUGUCACCAGCGGAAAUCGAAGGGGUACUCGAGCUUCACCCUUCGGUCCUGAAGGCCGUAGUAAUUUCAGUUCCACACGAAACGGAUGUGGAACUUCCAUUGGCCUUCGUUCAAAAAGUAGGCGGGAAAGAGGUAACGGAGGAGGAGUUGCAUGAUCUAGUACACAAGAAUUUACCGUGGUAUUGCAAACUUCAAGCAGGAAUCAAAUUCGUGGAUAAUUUUCCGCGCACCAGUACUGGAAAAAUUGAUAAGAAGAAAUUAAAAAUUUUGGAAUUACAUGUAGAACCAUUCGCUAACCUGCUUAGAUAUAACAGAUUUAUAUUAGAUUUGUCUUUAAUUGUAACAAUAAAUCUAUUUUUCGUUACCAUGUGUUACUAUGGAAGUACCGAUAUGUCAUGCAUAUGCAGUGUGUCAACUAGAUUCACCAAACUAGGAUCCGUCGGUUACGUGGCAUCUAACGUUCGCAUUAAGAUUGUGGGUCUGAAUACGGAAAAAGCGCUAGGUUCUAAAAGUGGGGAACUAUGUAUUAAAACGAGCACUAUGACGCAAGGAUAUCACAAUAAUCCAGAUGCGACGAAACAGUGCUUCGAUUCCGAUGUAACAGAGAAAAAGCUUAUUAGCUUGGUGGAGAAAAACAUGCCGAAUCAUUGCAGACUUCGUAGUGGUGUUAAAUUUGUGGACCAAUUGCCGCGCACAACUACCGGUAAAAUCGCAAAGAAGCAGUUGCGAAAAAUAUAUGCGAAAUAA